AUGCCUCAAUUCCUUCUUUUCCCCGUUUCGGCAGUCGCCUUUCUAGCAGUCGCGGGGGGAGUCUCCGCUGCGCCAACUGCCAGCUGCUCUGCGCACAUAUCUGCUCCGACGGGCGUGACUUUCGCGUCGGGCUUUGAUAUCACAACUAGCUGGGGCAACCUCAGUCCAUACAAGGAUGCACCCGGUUUCAAUGUAUCAAACGGCGUCCCCCGAGGCUGCGAGCUAUCCCAGGUGCACGUCCUGCACCGCCAUGCUCAGCGGUACCCCGUUUCUUCCCUCCUAGAUGGCGGGGGCAUGGAAGCGUUUGCGCAAAAGGUAAAGAACUAUAGCAGACUGCACGCCAGCAAAGUCGGCAAAGGGCCGCUGGCUUUCCUCAAUGAGUGGGAGUACAUGCUCGCCGAAGAUACCUUGCAGGUCACUGGUGCCGCCACGGAGGCGACCUCUGGGGCCAGUAUCUGGUCGAAGUACGGGAGGCUGCUUUAUCGCGCUGGGCCUGGUGUCGCGGCCUGGGAUUCUUCCUUGAAUGUAUAUCCCGACGGGAGUGCAAGACUGAAGCCGAUUUUCAGGACGACGUCGCAGGCUAGGAUCUUGGAAAGUGCUCGAUGGUGGUUGAGCGGUUUCUUUGGCAAUACCGGCGCAAAUAGCUCCUACGCCGAGUACGACCUCGUCAUCAUCCCCGAGGGAGACGGUCUCAACAACACCCUCGCCUCCGACCAUUCCUGUCCAGGCGAUAAAUCAGAAGGCACCCACUCCGCCACGAAAUUCAUCCCCAGAUUCACCAAACACGCUCUAUCCCGUCUAGCCUACUUCCUCCCCAAAGACUUCAACCUCACCCCGUUCGACAUCACCUCCAUGAUGAACCUCUGCCCCUACGAAACAGCCGCCCUGGGCUCCUCCGCAUUCUGCUCCCUCUUCACCGAGCAAGAAUGGCACGACUACGCCUACUCCCUCGACCUCCAAUUCUACGGGAACUACGGGCUCGGCGCCCCCAGCGGCCGCGCCCAGGGGAUAGGCUACGUCCUGGAGCUCGCAUCCAGACUUGCGGGACGCCUUAUUCAAUCCAGCGAUACUAGCAUCAACUCUACCUACGACGACAACGCAGCGCAAUUCCCGCUCCACCAGCCCCUGUACAUGGACAUGUCGCACGACGACGUCAUCGUCGCUGUCCUUGCGGCCCUGGGGCUCGAGUACUUCAAGUAUGGAGAGCUGGGUCUACCAGAUACACUUGAGCAUGCGCCAGAGCGCACAUUCAGACUUAAUGAGAUCGUGCCGUUCGGGGCGCGGUUCGUCUCUGAGGUGUGGACUUGUCCCGAUCAGGAUGAGAUGACAUUCAAAGAGCUAGAUGCGACGCUGUAUAGGAAUCCGGUGGUGGGGUCCUCGGGUGGUACGGACUAUAUCAGGUUUGUGUUGAAUGGGGCGCCGGUGUCGACGCAGGGUUUGGUGGGCUGUGAGCGUGCGGAGAAUGGGUUCUGUGCUCUGAGGGAUUUUCUGGGGGGUGUGGCCAAGUUGAAGGAGGAGGCGAUGUAUCAGGUUGCUUGUUUUGGGAACUAUACGAGUGGGCAUCAGCUAUGUGAAGGACUUCUGUCCCCCUUCCCCCCCACACCAUACUAUCUCUCAUACUACUUCUACACUCAGGCACACUACUACAUCAACACACAAUCGUUAUCAGUCACUCGUUCACCCAACAAGAUGGAGUUCCAGUCUCGCAUCGCCCAAUACUCCUUCGACGAGAUGAUGAUCGAUGAUGCAAGCGCAUCCCUAGACAGCUGCAUGGGCAAGCACCCUUGCGAUCUCAGUGCAACAUUCAAUGAGGCCCUGGACUCCCCCAGCCCGCCAUCCACUGAGGAAAUCUCAGACACAGAAACAGAAGCUGCGACAGAGAUCGUAGAAGAGACAGAGGGCAAAACGGUGCUGCCCUCUCGUCUAGAAGUCACCUUCACCACACCCCUAGACGGCUUUGACCCAAUGCAACGCAGGCUCUCCAGGCUUACACACAGACUUCGCCACAGCGUUCUUUAUUUCUUGUCUCUGUACGGCAUUUCUAUCCAAUACGCCUUGUAUCCCAUUGAGGAAAGCGGGAUUCAGGGCGUACACGAUGCUCUACCGGUUGUGCUCCUGGUUGCGACAGAGCAUGUGCCAGUGUCAAUGUGGAGAAAGGGAGUGAAGCGCGCGUAUGAGCAUCUUGUGGACGUUGGGGGCUUCCCAGCCAUCGAGAUCCCCAUGUUGGGACGAGAGGCUCGAUCCGAAGAUGGAGUGGACAUGCGGAUGAGCCGUGAGUGCAAGGUGUAUCUUACAAAGCUAGUUGCUCGUGAGUUCUGA